AAAGCACAAAUAAAACCCCAUUAGCGAAGAAAAUUUCAAAUCCCCUGCCAAAAUAUCGAGAGCUCGUCAGUGUCCAUUCAAAACAUGUCGUCGUGGACACAAGUGACACACCAGACAUCAUGAUCCAGAUAACAGACACUCAGAAGAUCGGGGUAGGGUUUGCCGCGUUUGGGGUCACCUUUAUCUUCCUUGGAGUUAUCCUCUUCUUUGAUAAAGGACUCUUAGCCAUUGGCAAUAUCCUGUUCUUGGCGGGCCUCGCAUUUGUGGUUGGCUUGGAACGCACAUUCCGCUUUUUCUUCCAACGCCACAAGUGGAAAGGCUCUGGAGCUUUCUUUGGAGGGAUCCUGACUGUCUUGCUUGGCUGGCCCUUAAUUGGCAUGUGUGUGGAAGUGUAUGGUUUUGUAAUACUGUUCAGCGGAUUCUUCCCAGUUGCAGUAAAUUUCUUGCGCCGUAUGCCAGUGAUUGGUCAGAUACUCAACCUUCCGUUCAUCAGUGGUCUGUUGCCCCCAGACUCGUCAUCUUGAGUAAGCCAAGUUUGUUGAUCGAAUAGGAGGGGACUCCAAAAUGAAUGUAUGACGAGGAGAAAAUGAAGAAUUGUAAGAAUCUUGAUAUUACAAAGCCAGUGACUGCAGUGUUAGAAGAGGAAAGAUAACCAAAAGUGUGCCAAGACCCAAACAUGAGAGGAAUUUGAGAGAAUGUGUGUGAAUUAAGGGACGGUGUAAGGAACAUAUUUGACAGGAAAAAACAACAACCCUUAAAGGACGUAAAAUCUAAUUAUGAAAAUGGCGUUUCUAAAACAAGGGUAAAAUAAAACAUUGCUCUAAUGGGUGCACUUAUUAGUUAGCAUUCAUUUCUUAGCCUGCUGAUAUACACAGCUCACCAAGAAUUUCAUAUAGAUAUGUAUAUCAGCUUGGUUUCAGAAAUAUAGGUGAAGAUUUAUCUUAUGUUUUAUAAUAUGACGAGUUUAAGUUGCUUUUGCCAGAAUCCCUGAAGUUCAUUUUUUCUUUCAGAUUUCCAUUUUUGUAUAAAUAUUUUAUGAUUGAACUUCUGAAGCCUUUUGUCUUUAUUGUAGCUGGUAAGAUUUAGUAAAUCUUUUCUGUCAAUAUUUAUAAAGUAUGAAAUACGAAGUAAGAAUUA